AUGGAGAGUCUUUCCGGAGAGGAUCGGCGAGAGGAUGAGGCGGAGAACAUGGAGGAAGGAGAGAGGCGGAGGAAGAAGAAAGACAGGAAGUCGACUUCCAUGUCUCUCUGGGAGAGCAUCUGCAAGCCCCGGUUCGUGAUGGCUCCCAUGGUAGAUGCCAGCGAGUUGGCCUUCAGAGUCCUCUGUCACCGCUAUGGCGUCGAUCUCGCUUACACGCCCAUGAUGCACAGCAGACUCUUCAUAGAAGAUCCCAAGUACAGAGACCUGCAUUGGCAAACACUUGCAGGCUUCCGCGAGGGAGGAGUUGACAGCGGAGAGAAGCGAGACGACGAAGAGGCUGAGGUGCGACAGAGGUCGCGCGGGCCUGCGCAGCGUGCGGAGGGAGGUGACGCAGACGAGCCCCUUUUUGUUCAGUUCUGCGGCGAUUCUCCAGAGACGCUGCUGGCGGCCGCACAGCUCGUUGAGGACGAGGUGGAUGCGGUCGACGUGAACUUUGGCUGCCCACAGGGCAUUGCGCGGAGAGGCCACUACGGCGCCUUUCUGCUGCACGAAAGCGGCCUGAUCACCGACAUCGUCUCCACUCUACACAACAACCUGCACACGCCCGUCACCUGCAAGAUGCGGAAGGUUUCUCCGCGACCGGCGACGGAAUCCGUCCCGCGCUCUCCGCUGGCGCUUUCGCUGGACGACGAGAGGCGGAUUCAAGACACGCUGAAGCUCUGCUACGCAGUUGAGGCGGCCGGCUGCGCAUGUCUCUGUCUCCACGGCCGCACGAAGGAGGAGAAAGCCUCGCGCGUCGGCCCCUGCGACUGGCUGGCGAUUCGCCUCGUCAAAGAACGUCUGACGAUUCCGCUGAUAGCAAAUGGAGGCGUGGAGACCUACGAAGACGCCCUCCGGUGCCUCGAGUUCACCAAGGCGGACGCGGUGAUGUCAGCAGAGGGCAUUUUGGACAAUCCGAUGAUCUUUGCGCCUUCUCGCUUCGCGUCGACUUCGCUCUCGUUCUCGAGUUCUCGCUCGGGGUAUCCCCUCUCUGCCUACUCGUCGUUUCUGUCGCACUCUUCUCUCCGCGAGAUUGUGAGGCGUUCCUGCACGCGCCCGCGCUUCGCAGGCUCUUCGAUGUCCUGCUGGGAGGCGUCGCCCUGUCUUCUUGACCGCUGCCUCGUCAUGCUGGAGUAUCUGGAUAUCUGCGAGCGCUACCCGCCGCCGCACUUCAGCUUCAUCAAAUCUCAUCUCUUCCGCUGCCUCCAUCCUGUCCUGCUUCACCAUGAAGAUUUGCGAGAUGCCUUGGCCCGGGCCUGUGAGCUGGAAGAUUACGCGGCCAUCGCCGCCGAGGCGACAGCGCGCGUGCGGCAAGCUCUCCGCGGAGAACACGGCGGCGUGCAGCAGCGCGUUGAUGCGCCAAGAGCAGAGACGAGCCAGAAACAGAACUCUGGAGCAGGCGACGCGGAGACCGGAGCGACACAGGAGAAAAACACCUGGUACUGGCGCCAUCGAACAAACCACGCGCGUGCGAUCAAGAAGGAGAAAGACGAAAAACAAGAAGUGCUCAUCUGGGAAGCGACAGAAGGCUCCGACGGAAGUGUCCUUUCCAGUCUCUUCAUCGCCGACUGA